AUGAAGGCCAUCGUGGAAACGAUGAUUGAGGAAAAAGGACUGAAGAGUCAACUAAACUUAAGUGCCGUGAUUAAAUGGAUGCCAGCCGAUGUAGCCGCAAGAUUAGACUAUGAGAUUCCAGAAGAUGUUUUUAUUGACAAAUUGAGCUUGGAUCACAUAGACUUUAUUUAUUCGCUAUGGAAAUUUAACGACAUUUACCCCAAGUCCGACCUUUGGGAUACAGUAAGGCUCAACAUUGGUUUAGGUGUAUUCAACCGGCAUAAUAGAGAGCUAUUGGCGUGGGCCAUGUGUGGCAGUUACCGAGGUCUUGGUACUUUGGAGGUUCAUCCAGAUUACAGAGGACGUGGAUUUGGUAAGCUGAUUGUGUUGGCAAUAACAAAGGUAAUGGGCGAAAAUGGUAUCUCCCCACAUGCAAUUAUCUUUGAAGAGAACAAAGUCUCAUUGGGCUUGUUUGAGAACGUUGGCUACACUCGACCAAAUGUACCGGUGGGUUUAAUACUAAUGUAG